AUGUCAGAAGUUCAUAGUCUUAAUUCAUCCAAAAAGGUUCUUGGUAUAGAAAGUUUAUUGAUACAAUCAGAAGAAAUCAGAGAUGAAAUUAUUCAAUAUUUAGAUCUGAAAACUUUAUUGAGUCUACUUGACGAUUUAAUUGAUUUAGAACAAAAAAAUGAAGAACAAGAUUCUUCAUAUUCAAUACUUAAAAUAAAAUUGUUUGAACAAUUAUAUCCAAAAUUUAGUUUUUACAAUGAUCACGUAGAGAAACUCAUUCAACUUUAUGAUAAAUUCAAUUGUUUACCUUCAAAAAUUGAGACUAAUGUACUUGGUUUUAAAAACAUCAUAAAUCUUGGAUUCAAUCCGAAAAAUCAAGUUUCGUAUCAUGUUGAAAUUUAUAAUUGUAGAGAUGAAUUUAACGAACUCAAAAAAUUACCUUAUCAACUUUUAAACUUAGAAGGUGUUGUAAUUUCAGAUGGCUUGAUACCUUCGGAGCAUGAUCAAGAGAACAAGAACUAUUUCUUUGCUCGGGAUCCAUUUUUAAGAAACAUGAAACACAUUUCGUUCAAUCACUCCGGUCGUCCAUACGAGGAAGAUCAAGAUGAGGAUAAUGAAGAUCAAAACAAUGAAAAUCAGUCUAAUAAAGUAAUCAUUAUUAGACCAACUCCAUCACUUGAAUCUUUAUAUUAUGGAGAAUUUUCACCUGAACCUUUAAAUUUUAAUGAAUUUUCUUUUGAUGAUAACGAAAUUGAUCUGACAUUAUUUUUCAGUUUAAAACAUGUAAUUGAUUUGACAUUUUCAAGUUUGAAACAUGUAUCACUAGAUCUUAGUUUUUUAGAUGAUGGUGAUUAUUGUUAUGGUCUUUUGAAUCCUUUGGCUUCAUUUCGAUUACCUGAACAAAUUGAAUCAUUAACUUUAAAGAGCGCUGCGAUACAAGAUUUAGAAGGAAUCGAAAAAUUUCAAAAACUAAAGCAUCUACAUCUUGAAUAUAAUAUUUGCUUUUUUAAAUGUUUUAAAACUAAUUAUCCUGAUUCUUUAGAAUCUAUAACUAUAAAUUCAUCUUGCGAUGAUUCAUCCUCUCGUUUUUACGAGGAAUAUUUUGAAAAAUUUUAUAGAGAAGUAAGUGAAGGAGAAAUUAUAGAAUUUGAAAAAUCAGAAUUUGUUAAAGAUAGACGUGGAAUCAUAUUUGGGAAAGAUUUUAAAGCUCCUAAAAGUUUAAAAAAAAUUCAAAUAAAGGGAUAUUAUGGAUUUAAUUGUGGAUUUAAUUUUACUAAUGGUUUAUCCCAAUUAACUGAAUUAAAUUUACAUGGAAUAUUUGAUCUUGAUUUAGUCAAAACACUUAAAAAUUUAUCCAAUACUUUAAAAAUUUUAAUAAUUGAAAAAUGUGACAUAACAAAUGAAUCUAGAGAUCGAAAAUAUCCCAUUUAUUUGAAUUUUCCAUUAAAAUUAAAAAAAAUUGAAUUUAUUGAUAAUAAAUUUGGAAGUGCUUUAUAUUUUGAAAAUAUUCUUUAUUUAGAAGAUUUAAUAAGUUUAAAAAUUAAAGGUAAUAGACUUACUAUUCCGUGGGGUUACAAAUCUAAUCAAUGGAAAAUUUUAAUUGGUGAAAAUUAUGAAAAUUGGAACAAAGAUGAAUUUUUCAAAUAUGCUUCAAAACAAUUAUACGAAUUUGAAGUUGAUGAGGAUCAUUACACAAAGUUGUAUAAAAAUUGUUCUAAAUAA